GCACCGCGGGGCAAGCUUGCAGCAGCGGAGCGCGCGACACCCUUUGGCAGUGCCGGCGCCAGCGAGGGGGAGCAGGUCCUCAUCCUCAGCUCUCCCCAACCUGCUGCGGAGCACGAGCAUGGCCACGGAGACGGAGUGGAGCUGCCCCAUCUGCGGCGAUGCUCGAGAUGACGUCUCUUACGCGAUGCCCUGUCGCCACCAGUUCUGCCUGGGCUGCAUCCUGCGUUGGACAGAGGUGAAACCAGAGUGCCCACUCUGCAGAAGACCAGUAGAGAAUGUCAGGUUUUCUGUGCUGGGCGAAGACGACUAUCUACAGUGUGUUGUCGCACACCCCGAAGAGUCGCCAGAUGCCAGCAGGCAGGCGGGCAGCGCUCCCGGUCCCCUGCCCGAAAACAGCCCCCAUCACCCUGCGGCGUCCCCUCCGUCAUCUCCGCAGUGGAUACUGUCCCCGGCUGAGCCGGGGGCUGCAGAGCCGGAGGACGUGGGUGGCCUCCUGCCUGUGGUCUGGGCGUAUCUUUUCCAAAGACGACAGCACCUCCUCGAUCCCGUGCUGCCCUGGCUGCGCCAGGAGCUGGAGGCAAUAUAUGGGGCACGGUGGUGGGAGGCAAAGACUGCAGAGAACAGCAUCCUGCAUACCCUGUGCAUCCACGGUCCGGAUGAAGAGGUCAUGCUCCAGAUGCUGGAGCCUCUCCUUGGGCACUAUACAACAUUAGUGGUCUAUGGCAUCAUGGGUAUCAUUGAGGGUCAGUGCAGCGAGGAGGCCUGGAGGCUGCUGUGCCCCCAUGCUGCCGGGGAGGAAGGCAACAGCCCUGCGGCCGGCUCCAGCUCCUCAGCUCCAGCUCUCCAGCCCCAGCUCCUCCAGCCCCAGCUGCACCGGCUCCCAGGAGGGGACUCCCACCGCUCAGCCGAGCUCCUCCAGCAGCCCAUCUACUCCACUCUUACAUACAGAGGCAUUUUGCCAGUCUGA